AUGCAUGUUCGAAGUCUCUUCGCUCGCGCUGCUUCGUGCCGUCGCUUCUGCCUCGUGGGCCACAUACUCGUGCUCGUCUGGCCGCGGCGCGAGGGCCCGAAGCCAGCAGCGCGCCGCGCGACGCCGGGCGGCCUGCGCGCACGCGCGGGGCGGGCGGCGGAGCUCCCGGAGCUGCGCGCGCGGCUGAACGAGAAGACGGACAGCGGCAGCUACGUCAUCCUGCGCGCCGCCCGCGCCGCGCGCCUAGGGGCGCGGGCGGGCCGGCUGAGCCGCGUUGUGAAGGUCCUCCGGUUCCUCAGGCCGCAGGCCGACGAGGGGGGCGCCGACCAGGUGCAGGUGGCGAAGGUCAUCUCCAGCAAGCUGCAGGACGCUCUCUCCACGAGGGUGGCCUUCCUGACCAUCUGCGUCGCCGUGGUGCUCCCGAUUUUCAAGAUGUUCGAGUACCCCGAGAUGGACGACUCGCUGCAGGCCUGGGUGCAGAUGAUCUCGUCCGACGUGGACGCCUACAUGACGACCUCGACCACGGCGAGUAUGCAGGCCCUCAUGAGCGAGCUCGAUCGGUUCGCCUCGUUCUACGAGGGCAGCCCGUACGGCCCUUUCGACGUCUGCUACGGGAAGGAAGGUAUCGCCCAGAGCUUCACCUGCAAGAAGAGCGUACUUCCGCUGCCCUUCACCUCCGCCUUCCACGCCCCGGUGAGGACCCGAGGGCCUCCAUCAUGGAGAUGGUCGACGGCGACGUCCAGGUCUUCUACGACAUGUCGUCCGUCGCCCAGAUGGAGGCGGCCAUGA